AUGAAUCCUCCAUUUGACUAUUUCGAGCACCGCCGAGCCUGCGUAAUAAAGCAGCGCCAGCGCGAUGCACGUUUCGAGUCUCUCCCAGACGUAUACAAAGGGCCACUGACAUCGCAUCAGCGGUCUAUUCUCAAUGCGCCAAUAGCGACCCUUGUGCAAGACGUACACAGCGGAAAUAUCUCCCCCGUCGACAUCCUGCGCACCUACGGCAAAACCGCAGCCAUUGCUCAAGAGCGCACAAACUGUGUCACGGAGUUGCUUCUUCCAGAAGCUGAAGCAUGGGCCAAAUCGUCCGAUGUGAACCUCAAUGGUCCACUGGCUGGCAUCCCAGUCUCUCUGAAAGAUAGCAUUGCCGUGGCAGGCUUCGACGUGUCCGUCGGAUAUUCACGACACGUCUUUAAACCAUAUGCAGAAGAUGGAGUCAUGGUCAAAUUGCUCAAACGAGCAGGUGCAAUACCACACGCGAAGACGGCACUACCCAUCACGCUGCUUUCCUUCGAAAGCACGAAUGACCUCUGGGGUGUCGCCAGAAACCCCCACAAUUCGCGGUACUCGCCGGGAGGGAGUACGGGCGGUGAAGGGGCACUUCUUGCGCUGAACGGGUCCAGGAUAGGUAUUGGCUCAGACGUAGCCGGGAGCGUACGUGCACCGGCCGCUUGGUCGGGAAUCAACAGCCUGCGUUGCAGUACAGGGCGAUGGCCCAAGGUUGGCAUGAAUACCAGCAUGCCUGGGCAAGAGGGCGUUCCAAGUGUCUUCUCUCCGAUGGCGCGAACGCUCGAUGAUCUUACAUACUUCACAAAAGCUUUUAUCCGGAUGAAACCAUGGGAAGUCGACUACACUGUCCACCCAAUUCCGUGGAGGCAGGAGCUUUUCGACAAAGCUCGUUCGUCGGAGAAACUCAGGGUCGGAUUGAUCACCACCGACGGCGUCGUCAAACCGUCACCGGCAAUAGCAAGAGGUCUUGAGAUGACGGCAGAUGCAUUGCGCAAAGCAGGCCAUGAAGUGAUCGAGAUCCCUCUUGAAAGCUACCCUCAAACCGCAACUCCCGCGCUGGGACUUCAGAUUGCGAGUGUCUUGCUCUGCGCAGAUGGUGGUAGAACGUUCAGCUCAUUUUUCCGGACAGGUGAAAGCAAUGACCCUGGCGCUGCGCAAAUCAAGUUCUACAUGUCCCUCCCUCGCCCUGUGAAGUACCUGUGGUAUCUCUGGACGCGGUACGUGAGGGGCGAUCCUCUUUGGGCGAGCAUAUUACAAUACUUUCACCCGCUGAGCGCGGCCGAGCAGUGGCAAUGGGUGGCCAAACGCGAGGCAUUCCGAGCGACAUGGUAUGAAUGGUGGAAUGAGUCGGAGCAAGCCUUUGACUUCAUACUGUGUCCCGGUAAUGCGACGCCGGCUUUACCACAUGGUGCCAUGAAAGAUGCCGUGGCAAGCUGUGGCUACACUUUCCUCUGGAACUUGUUGGAUUACUCUGCCGGCAUUUUGCCCGUUGCAAAGGUUGACAAGGAGCUCGAUGCGCUCGAGAAAGGGUGGAAGCCGACUAAUGGCAUUGAGAGAGGGGCUUACAAGCACUACGAUGCGUCGAAAAUGGAAGGCUUGCCCAUUGCGGUGCAGGUUGUCGGACGAAGAUUGACGGAAGAGAAGACGCUGGGAUACAUGGGUGUGGUGGAAAGCUGCCUCAGAGAGGCUGGCAUCGUGUAUGAGCAUCUCGAUGUAGAGGACCUACCCGAACUCAAGGAUAUAGAGCGCCAGAAGAGCAAUGUUCCUGUUCAUCCUGGACGGAUAUGGUGA